UGAAAAGCGUUCUUCUGAAGGUGAUGAUGGAGUUGGGCCACAGCGAUGUCUGGAGGUUCAAACGCUUGCUGCAGUUCACAUGUUUCCAGAAAAGCCUCCCAGAACUCCCAGUCGGUGCGCUGUGGCCCAUGAACCGGACCGGCAGAGCGGCGGAUCCGGGACAGGAAGGACCGGCAGGCCUGGUGGAUCAGAUGGUACGGAGACUAGGAGGGGAGUCUGUGGGCGUGGCCCAGGAGGUUCUGAUGGACAUGAACAGAACCGAUGUGGUUCAGAAGCUGGCCGGGAUCAGAUCCGGAUCAGCAGAGUUUCAGUCUCUGUUGUUCCAGAAAGAAGCAAGUCUGACGGCAAUUAUGGAGAAACUUCUAGAAACAUUUGAAGAUUUGGGUGAAACAAAGUUUGAACAUUUUCAGAGAGUCGUACAGAAGAGUUUGUCCAGGAAAGCCGGGAGAGGAACCCCAACCGUCGCCAUGGAGACGGGAAGGAAGCUGAAGGUGGCAGAGCUGAUGUUGGAGCAGUUUGAUGAGCAGACGUUAGACAUGGCGGCGCUGGCUUUAAAGAAGAUUCAUCGCUCUGAUUUGGUGCAGAAGAUCUCAGGACAAAUCCCAGCAGGUCCAUCAGCAGAACCUUCCCGGGUCGCCGAGGGUUGUGAAGAAGUAAAGCUGGACUCCAGCUGCUGGACUGAACUGGUACCGGAGGAGAACCGGACAGAAACUCCAACCUACAGCCUCCAGAGUGAAGCUGGACACUUUGAGUGCAGCGUCUCCGGUCUGCGCUGGUUCUGUUCAGAACGGGUCGUCUUUAGGUACCGGUUCUGCUCCUGGGACGAACUCAUGGACAGGAUGGAGAGCAGAGGAUACCGGCCUGCUGGUCCUAUACUGGACAUCGGUCUGAUUACUGGGAGGAUGGCGGAGGUGUUCCUGCCUCACUGGAUCUGUGUCGAUGACGUCCCUGAACCUUUGGAGCAGUUUGCCGUCCUCCACAUGGACGACUGUGGAGACGCUGUGGAGAAAGUCUCUGAGGUCUCACCGUCACACGUCAAACUAACUGAACCCGUUUUCUCUCCGAGGGCGGUUCUGAUGAGAGUCGGCUUUCCUGUGAAAGUCUACUGCAACAUGUUGCUCUAUCGGACCAACACGGCUUUCCUCACGCUGCAUGUUUACCUCAUCCCACGCGACCCGGCCUUACAGGAGGCAAUGGACCGAAAGGAAACUUCUUAUGGAUACAGAGUGAUCCAAAAGCCCGACCCGGAGAAGUCCCUGAAAAUGAACGAUUACUUCUUCCUCACAUCGGAUCUGGAGGCUGCAGAAGUUUCUCCUAAAGUAUGAAACGGGUUUAACGUCCAGGUUUCACAUCCAGGUUAUUGCAGGUUCCCAGCAGAUUGGCUCCAUUUCUCACAUUAACUUCACUGCAUGCAGUGAAGUUGGCUGAUGAUAGGAAAUGAGGCGCCGCUGAGCCGGUUCUCCUGUCUGCUUUCAGACGGGAAUUAAACUCCGAUAUCCAAGAGGAAAACCAAAUUUCUUUGAGGUUUAUGUUGAAAAUGCAGACAGAAACUUCAGUCUGACACUCAGACCCGACGGAGAGGACCAGCCGGUUUGGGAGUGUUCUGUUCGGAAAGGUGAAUAUCAAAGCCGCAGCCAAGCAGAAAGUUUUGAGACUCAGAGUGUGGAUGAACAUCUGGCUGCAAUGAUGCA